CAGCCAUCCCUCACUCCAUCCCACCCAUCCAUCACCCCAUCCCAGCCGUGACCCCUCCAUCCCAGCCCUACUCUGUGUUAUCCCCACUGCACCUCUCUCCAUCCCAGCACUGGAUCAUCACCUCUCCGUGCUGGCUCCCAUCGGGAUACAGGCGCUUCCAGCAGCUGGGGUCAUGGAUGAGCCAUUCCCACUCUCCAGCAGGGAUCCUGGUGCCGGCAUAACCUUGGAGAAACCAGGAAAGGGGCGAGACUUUAACAGCCCGUUGGGAAAUCAGCCUCAAGCUGAGGCCAAAGGGGAAAGCAAAGCCAUAACUCACAAUCCCGGGAUGCUGGAUCCCAGCUGCAGCCUCCAGAGGGGGAGAAAAAACCCUGGGAACCAGCUGGAGGAUUCAUGGAGCAUAUGGAAUUUUUCAUGUCCGGCUGGAAAGUGAAGGGAGGAAGGAGGAGGUGGGGAAGUGCAGCAGCUGGUGGCCGGAUGGAGCCGGGGCUGCUGUCCUGGAAUGGUCUGAAAUGGGGAUGGAAUGACUGAAAGGGGACGGAAUUCCACAAACAGUCUUUGGUGGAUGGAGGAGCUGCUCCAGGUGACCACAAGGAUGCUGGAAAUAGAGUUUUCCCUCUCCCAUUCCCUGGAGGAGCUGCUCCAAAUGACCACAAACAUGCUGGAAAUAGUUUUCCCCUUCUCAGCCCUUGGAGGAGCUGCUCCAAGUGACCACAAAGAUUCCAAAAAUAGAGUUUUCCCUUUCUCCAUUCCCUGGAGAUGCUCCAAGUGACCACAAGGAUGCUGGAAAUCAAGUUUUUCCUUUCCCAAUCCCUGGAGGAGCUGCUCCAAGUGACCACAAAGAUUCCAAAAAUUGAGUUUUCCUUUUCUUGAUUCCCUGGAGGAGCUGCUCCAAGUGACCACAGAGAUGCUGGAAAUAGUUUUCCCUUUCCCAAUCCUUGGAGGAGCUGCUCCAAGUGACCACAAAGAUUCCAAAAAUAGUUUUCCCUUUCUCCAUUCCCUGGAGGAGCUGCUCCAAGUGACCACAGAGAUUCCAAAAAUAAAGUUUUCCCUUUCUCCAUUCCCUGGAGAUGCUCCAAGUGACCACAGAGAUGCUGGAAAUCGAGUUUUCCCUUUCCCAGUCCUUGGAGAAGAUGUUCCAAGUGACCACAAACAUGAUGAAAAUACAGUUUUCCUUUUCCCAUUCCCUGGAGAUGCUCCAGGUGACCACAAGGAGGCUGGAAAUUGCGUUUUCCCUUUCUCCAUUCCCAGGAGGCGCUGCUCCAAGCGACCACAAGGAUGCCAGGGAUGGUUUUCCCUUUUUAAUUCCUGUGUACAGACACAGCCAUCCCGGAUUAUUUCUGGAGGCUGGAUGAGGCUCUCCCAGCUCCAGGGCAGCAUCCAAUCCCUACAUCCACCCCUAGCCAGGAUUUCCUGGAAUCACGGGAUGGUUUGGGUUGGAAGGGACCAUAAAGCCCAUCCAGUUCCAGCCGUGGGCAGAGAUACCUUCUGCUAUCCCAGGUUCCUCCAGCCUGGCCUCGGACACUUCCAGGGACGUUCCCGGCGGUUUCCCGGUGUCCCGGUUGCGAUUCCGUGUGUUUUCCAUCCCUCUCCAGCGCGAUGCAGCCGCCCCAAGGCCGUGGCCAACGCCCACAUCGAGGUGGGGAACAACACGGGGCUCCACGCCCUGCUGCGCUAUUCCUGCGACCCGGGAUACAAGCGGAAAGCCGGGACUUCCAACCUCAUCCAGUGCGUCCUCCGGGAUGGAUCCGCCCGGCCCGGCUGGACCGACCCCACGCUCCAGUGCAUCCGAGACCCGGCGGCUCCUCCUCCACAAACCCCCGUCCCCGCGAUCCCGACGGAGCCGAACAUGGAGAGCACCACCUGGAGGGGAACCAGCCCCACUUCCAGCCCUUCUCCGGCGGGAAAGCCCGGAGCUGACGGGACACGCCCGGAGACAUCCACACCGGGAGAGGGGACAACCCCGCUGCCCAACGCCCCCUCGGACAAUGCCACAGCUUCCAGCCAGACCUUGGCCUAUUCCAUUGGGUUCCCGGCGCUCCUGGUCACCGGAAUCGUGGCCUCCUUCUGCUGCUGCUGGAGGAGGAAAACGCGCCCACGGCAGGGCUACGACGUGACACCCGGGGACAUUCCCAUGGUGGCUCCGGCCCCCAGGAAUGAGGAGGUGACACCCGGGGACAUUCCCAUGGCGGCUCCGGCCCCCAGGAAUGAGGAGGUGGCAUCCCCCGGGAUCGUUCCCACGGGAUGA